GUUAGGUGUGGAAAAAUCAACCGAAAAUUCCCCGAAAUCUACGUUCGAUAAAAACGUUCAGUAAUAUCACACUUGGCAAGGGUUCAUUUAGUUUCAGUUUCAAGACAGAAGAGGAGGUCGAGUUUCUAAACUGCACUACAAACAACUCAGCGUAUAGAACAACAAUGGCUUCCGAAAAAAUCCAUCCACCAUCGUACGAUCAGAUUCGUGAUCAUGCACCAUCCGCUUAUCCCCAUCCGGAUCAAAACAUCCCUACCAUAUACAGUACUGUUGAACAAACCCCACCCAUUCAAACCUCAACAACAGUGAUCGUAACAAACUCUCAGGUUGGCCCUGAUCCCACCACUCUAACAUGCCCAUCCUGUCGAGCGACCAUCGUAACCCGGCUGGAGUAUGAAACGACCACCCGAACCCACGUGUGUGCUGCGCUGCUAUGCUUAUUCAUCUGUUGGCCUUGCGUUUGCAUACCCUAUUGCUCGACGUCAUGUCGGGAUGCCAACCACUACUGCCCCAACUGUGGCUCGUUUAUCGGAACAUAUCGAAAGUAAAAAAGCGUACCGCACCCACUGCAGCAACUGCUGGAAGGCGAAAAGCUCCCCACGGCCGGUGGGAGGAAGCUUUUCCACUGUAACGUCGAGAAAAGUAUUACUGUGUAUUUAGAGUGUAACAGUUAGCGUUACGCCAAAGCCUCGGGCGUAACGUGUCAAGUGGAAUUUUCUGUUAGUGUAUUAGAUCGUAUAGUUGACGAUUAGGAAACUUGUUUAUGAUUUAGUCGCCUACUGGUGCUGAUGCAAUCACGAUUUCACCCCGGUCAAGUGGGCGGACAUGGUGAGGUUGGCACAGUUGGUGUAGUGGAAGUGCUUUUCAAAUAGCUGACGGCCGUGAGCAUAAAUUAAUUUGUGCUCGAAUGUGUUGGAGAGGGUUACAGCUACUUAUGGCUAGUUUUAGUGGACAGUGUUGUUGUGUGCGCACUGUGCCAGUACAUAUGCGAGUAUAUGGGAACUGCCUCUAAAAAUGCUUUUAGCAAUAUAAUAAUUUGAGUAACCCUAUAGAGGCACGCAGCAAAGCGUUCAAGAACAAAUAUGUACCUAUUAAGUAACAUCGGCAAUUGAGUGUGUGCCUAGUAGAAUUUGUUUGAAUUAUUUUAUCAACUUCCAUGUAGCUGAACAGUUUUCAUUUAUCUUACUUAUAAAAGAUGCUUUGUGUGUAGAAAUAAAAUACUAUAUAUUCAUGAAA